AUGAGAGAGCCUGAGCGGUCCUCGCUCAACAGGCGCCAUUCUACAACGCAGCACUAUCAGACCUUCGAUACUCCGCCUCCAAGAUCGCGUGGCAGGCCGAAUUCUGGUCAAUCAGAGUCCUCCGGCGGCGAAUCGCAUCACCAUCAUGAACCGCAUCAUGAGAAUGGGUCGGAAUCGCCCCUCCCAAAAAAGCAGAUGCUAGUGUUGGCAAUGAUCGCCCUAUGCGAGCAGACAGCGCUCAACUCGAUCAGCCCGUACUUGCCUGAUAUGGCCGCGUCGUUUCCCGAAGUUGAACCGCAGUCGGUGGGCGUCUAUGUUGGCACAAUUGCUUCGGCUUUCGCGGUGGCGCAGUUUAUAACGAAUUACUUCUGGGGCUGGCUUUCGGAUCGGAUAGGCCGCAAGCCGGUAAUUUUGCUGGGAACCCUCUUGACCGCUGCUUGCUUUGCAGCUUUUGGGUUUUGUAAGACAUUGUGGCAGGCAAUCGCGGUACAGGCUUUGAUGGGCGUUGUCAACGGCAAUCAGGGAUUGGUGUCAACAUGUUUGGGAGAAAUCACCGACAGGAGCAAUCAGUCGAAAGCUUUCACCUAUCUCCCAGUUCUGUACGGCAUUGGUGGUAUAACAGGGCCCCUCCUUGGUGGACUACUGGUUUUCCGCCAGAACCCUUUCGACAAAAGCAAACCAAACCCGUAUCCUUACCUGGGUCCCAAUCUGGUAUCUGCGGCCAUUCUCCUCCUGGACUUUAUUUUGACGUGUAUUUUCCUGGAGGAGAGUCUUGAAGAUGCGGAUGUUCUCCCUACCUUUAAGCGGAGAAUACGGGCUUUGUUUUCUUGGAUCUGGGAAUGGACCAGCCAGUCAAAGCGAGCGGCACACAUGUGGCCUCCCCAUGCAUAUCGGCCUCUACAACAUCAUACGGCCGAAGACCAUGAUCACGACAGUGAAUUGGAGUCGGCUUCGGAAACGUCCAGCCGGCAUGAAGUCCGCCAUGAAUCGCUGACUAAAAGUGAAAUCUUGAAUCGAGAUACCGUUUUGCUUCUCUUGACGUAUCUGAUUUUUGCGCUGGGCAACGUAUCCUUCAAUUCGCUUUUCCCCAUUUUCUCGCAAGCUUCUCCCCCUGCUGGACGUGCUCUUACCCCCGGCGAAAUUGGACUCUCUCAGGGGUUUGCCGGAACGGUCACUAUUGUCUUUCAGAUCUGUAUCUUUGGCCAAUUGCGGGACCGAAUGGGAAACCGCUGGUCUUACCGAGCCGGCCUAUUCGGGUUCGUACUAUCAUUCAUCCUCAUGCCCUUUAUUGGAUAUAAAGGCGAGGAUUCUGGGAGCCGUAUAAGCAAGAAGACUGCCCUUAUGGCUGCCGAGCUAUGCUUCGUACUUCUGAUCAAGACUGUGGCAGCUGUAGGCGGCUUGACGAGUGCUCUUUUACUGAUCACAAACUCUGCUCCGGACCAUGCAGUGCUUGGGGCCCUCAAUGGCCUGGCGCAAACUCUUUCCGCAGCUGGUCGUGCAGCCGGUCCCUUUCUGUCGGGCGGCCUGUUCUCCUUGGCAUCUCGAGUUCAACCGAAGGGCGAGUUGCUGGUCUUCGGGGUCUUUUCUGCUGUUUCCUUCGUUGGGUUCAUUCUAAGUUUCGGCAUCAAAGGCCGCUCGCUCGAGGCAGACGACUGGGAAAGUGAAAGUGAAGAUACAUAUAAAUCCGAUGACGAGGACCUAUGA